AAAAACACCCCGGUAAAACGGCGCCUAACUCCUCGUCUUAAGUCCGUCAUGAAGGAUCUAGUCCCAAACAUGAGUCAAUCUUUCCCCACAACUAUGGAGUCAUGAUAAGACAUCAGGGAUUAUUCUAGUCGGAAGUCGGUGAAUGCCUGAGUCCGUCUCGGGGUUUACAGGGUUUAAUAUGUCUGGGCUCAGGAAUCACACUGUUGAGCAUUCUCGACACCUCUUCAUUAGAUGUCUUCCUGCGCAAGGGAGUGACGCACUUUCCCAAGUGGUCCACACCGGUUUCUAUCUCAGUGCAAUAGAACACCUCAUUCUUUCGAGGAAAACUUAACAUCAUGGACGAGAAGCUGCCUUCCGAGAGCAGCAAUAGUUCCGACAUUGACAUUGUGUCUACUGCAAACGAUUACGAGCAGACUCGUGAACAGAUCAGACUCUCUAACCCCCAAGGCCUGACUUCCCCUCAGGCUAAUGUUGAUGUGGAGAGGGCCGAGCAUGAAUUUUCCGAGCUGAACCGACAGCUCUCCACUAUUUCCCACAAGACCCGCCGGCUAUCAAAGCAAGCUUCUAGGCCUUCCAAGGCUGGGGUGACAACCGAGGAUGUAGAAAAGUCUGGGGGCUCGGCUGGUUCUGAAGAGGAAUGGGAUCUUGAAACUGCUCUUCGUGGUAAUAGGUCUGCUGAAGCUGAGGCGGGGAUCAAAGAUAAGCAUAUUGGUGUAAUAUGGGACGACCUCACAGUUCGAGGCAUCGGAGGUGUCAAGACAAUCAUCAAGACAUUCCCCGAUGCUAUCAUGGAUUUCUUCAAUGUCCCAGAGACCCUCAUGAAUCUGUUUGGUCUCGGGAGAAAAGGAAAAGAGGUCAACAUUCUGAAAGACUUUCGAGGUGUUGCACAACCCGGGGAGAUGAUAUUGGUCUUGGGAAGACCAGGCUCAGGAUGUAGCAGCUUUCUCAAGGUUCUUACGAAUCAGCGCUUUGGGUUUACAGGCGUUGAUGGAGAGGUUCUAUAUGGACAUUUUGAUGCCGAGACGUUCUCCAAGAGAUUCCGUGGCGAAGCUGUCUACAAUCAGGAAGACGACAUUCACCAACCGACACUAAGCGUCAAACAAACACUCGGUUUUGCUUUGGAUACCAAGACUCCAGGUAAAAGACCUUUGGGGGUGUCAAAAGCCGAAUUCAAGGAGAAAGUGAUCAAUAUGCUUCUUAAAAUGUUCAACAUUGAACACACUGCCAACACGAUGAUCGGGAAUCAGUUCGUUCGAGGAGUCUCAGGAGGAGAAAGGCGUCGGGUGAGUAUUGCGGAAAUGAUGGUGACAGCGGCAACGGUUCUCGCCUGGGACAACAGUACUCGUGGUCUCGAUGCUUCUACAGCCCUCGACUUUGCCAAAUCGCUCCGUAUCAUGACCAACAUAUAUAAGACCACAACAUUCGUAUCCCUUUACCAAGCGUCGGAAAACAUCUACAACCAAUUUGACAAGGUCCUUGUUAUCGAUAAAGGCCGUCAGGUCUUCUUUGGUCCAGCCUCUGAAGCACGUUCGUACUUUGAGGGUCUUGGUUUCAAGGAAAAACCACGACAGACAACUCCAGACUAUCUGACUGGCUGCACUGACAUUUUUGAAAGAGAAUACAAAGAGGGAAGAAGCGAAAAUGAUGUCCCCUCUACCCCAGAGACCCUCGCAGAAGCGUUCAAAAAGUCCGUCUAUAACGAACGCCUGGAGGAGGAGAUGCAGUCCUACAAGAAGCGGGUGCAACAGGAUAAGCAGAUCUAUGACGACUUCGAAAUUGCCAACCGGGAAUCCAAACGCAGAUUCACCCCCAGCUCCUCGGUUUACUCGAUCCCAUUCCAUUUGCAGGUUUGGGCUUUGAUGCAGCGUCAAUUCCUUCUGAAAUGGCAAGAUAAAUUUGCUUUGACCGUAUCCUGGGUGACUUCCACUGGAUUGGCUAUCGUCCUUGGUACUGUUUGGUUGAAUCAGCCAAAAACCAGUGCUGGGGCUUUUACAAGAGGUGGUCUUUUGUUCAUUAGUCUGCUUUUCAAUGGAUUCCAAGCCUUCUCAGAACUUGCGGGCACCAUGAUGGGACGGGCAGUUGUGAACAAGCACCGGCAAUUUGCCUUCUACAGACCAAGUGCGCUGUGGAUUGCUCAGAUAUUAGUCGACACCACAUUCGCGAUAGCCAGGAUUCUGGUCUUCAGUAUCAUUGUGUACUUUAUGUGCGGUUUAGUCCGCGAUGCCGGAGCCUUCUUCACCUUUGUGUUGAUCAUCCUCACUGGAUAUAUCAACAUGACAGUCUUCUUCCGAACUAUCGGCUGCCUGUGUCCUGAUUUUGACUACGCCAUAAAGUUCGCAUCUGUGAUAAUCUCCCUAUUUGUUUUGACCUCUGGUUACCUCAUUCAAUGGUCGAAAGCACAGGUCUGGCUGAGAUGGGUGUUCUAUAUCAAUCCCUUCGGCCUAGGCUUUUCUAGCUUGAUGGUGAAUGAAUUCAAGCGUUUAACCAUGACUUGUGUUCAAAGCUCGUUAGUCCCUUCAGGCCCCGGCUACGGUGAUAUCGCACACCAAGCAUGUACACUUGCUGGAGGCGAGUCCGGCUCAGAUAUCAUACCAGGCGCCAGCUAUCUUGAAACAACAUUUAGCUACUACCCCAAGGAUCUCUGGCGAAACUUUGGAAUCAUGCUCGGACUCAUAUUUGGGUUCCUUGGUUUGAAUCUGUACUUUGGUGAAACUGUUCAGUUCGGCGCCGGAGGCAAAACCGUCACUUUCUAUCAAAAGGAGAACGAGGAGCGAAAGGAGUUGAACGAAAGCCUCAUGCAAAAAUCGGCCAGUCGAAGAUCGAAGGAAUUGAAUGACUCCAGCACAAAUCUGAAUAUCACCUCUAAAUCUGUCUUCACCUGGGAGGAUGUCAGUUACGAUGUUCCAGUGCCUGCUGGCACCCGUCGGCUUCUCAAUUCGGUUUAUGGAUACGUUCAGCCAGGAAAACUAACUGCGCUGAUGGGAGCAUCGGGGGCAGGUAAAACUACGCUUUUGGACGUCUUGGCCGCUAGAAAGAGUAUUGGGGUGGUCUCGGGAAGUAUCCUCGUGGAUGGGGCGUCUCCUAGCACUUCCUUCCAGCGAGGUACAUCAUAUGCUGAACAGCUGGAUAUCCAUGAGCCAAUGCAAAGUGUGAGAGAAGCUUUGCGCUUCUCCGCCGAUCUUCGUCAACCUUUCGAUACACCGCAGUCGGAGAAAUAUAGCUAUGUGGAAGAAAUUAUCUCGCUGCUCGAGCUUGAGAACCUUGCAGACGCAAUAAUCGGUACACCCGAAACAGGUCUAUCUGUGGAGGAGAGGAAGCGAGUCACCAUUGGUGUUGAGCUGGCCGCAAAGCCCGAGCUACUCCUGUUCUUGGACGAGCCCACCUCUGGCCUCGACAGUCAAUCUGCUUUCAACAUUGUUCGUUUUUUGCGCAAGCUUGUUGAUGCUGGACAGGCUGUAUUGUGUACCAUUCACCAGCCGAAUUCGGUACUCUUCGGCAAUUUCGACCGUCUGCUGCUCUUGCAAAGGGGAGGCGAGUGCGUAUACUUUGGUGAGAUUGGGCAAGAUUCGAGCAUUAUGCUCGAGUACUUCCGACGCCAUGGCGCAGACUGUCCGCCUGAUGCCAAUCCUGCAGAGUGGAUGCUCGAUGCCAUCGGUGCGGGUCAAGCUCGUCAGAUAGGAGACCGUGACUGGGGUGAUGUGUGGUGUACAUCGGUAGAGCUUGAGCAGGUGAAACAGGAAAUUGCUCAGAUCAAAGCUACGAGAUCAGAGCAAGUCAGACAGAGCAACUCCUCACAGAAAAUGGAACAGGAAUACGCCACACCUCUUUGGCAUCAACUCAAGGUCGUAUGCAAACGGACAAAUCUAACCUUCUGGCGAUCCAGGAAUUACGGGUUUACGCGCCUUUUCACCCAUGUUGUCAUUUCUCUGAUUGCUGGACUUGCCUUCCUACAGCUAGAUGAUUCUCGCUCUUCGCUUCAGUAUCGGAUUUUCGUUAUCUUCAAUGUGACGAUCAUUCCCGCUAUCAUUCUUCAACAAGUUGAACCCCGAUAUGACAUGUCCCGGCUGGUCUUCUACAGAGAAGCUGCUUCUAAGACGUAUAGCCAAUUUGCCUUUGCAUUCUCCAUGGUCACAGCAGAGCUUCCGUACAGUAUACUGUGUGCUGUGUGUUUCUUCCUGCUCCUUUGCUAUAUCCCAGGCUUUCAAUCUGCCUCUGAUCGGGCUGGUUUCCAGUUUCUCAUGAUUUUGAUCACGGAACUCUUCGCAGUGACGCUUGGUCAGACGAUAGCAGCCCUAACUCCGAAUGCUUUCAUUGCGUCACAGCUCAACCCACCAAUAUCCAUCAUAUUCUCUCUGUUCUGCGGUGUCACUAUUCCACGGCCUCAGAUGCCUGGGUUCUGGCGAGCAUGGCUCUACCAGCUAGACCCGUUCACGCGUCUUGUCGGGGGUAUGGUAGUGACUGAGCUACAUGAUCGACCAGUGCAAUGCACACUAGGCGAGUAUAACCGGUUCCAAGCACCACCGAAUCAAACCUGUGGCGAGUACAUGCAACUAUUUUUCGAAAGUGGAGGGGCAGGAUACCUCCUCAACAACGCGACACAAUCGUGCGAAUACUGUGCCUAUAAAGUCGGUGACCAAUUCUACGAGACUUUCAGUAUGGACUUUGCCAACCGGUGGCGUGAUCUGGGUAUCUUUAUCUGUUACAUUGCGUCGAAUCUUAUUAUCUUGUUCCUGGCAUCUCGGUAUCUCAAUUACAACCGCCGGUAGUUUUACUUUGAUAAACCAAGAUCGAAACAGGAAAAAGGCUUAGAUGGAAAUUAAUACCAAGAUAUCAUAAUUGUAUCAGAAGCGGCAUGUAAUUCUAUUGCUUCUGUCAGUUCAACACAAAAGUCACAAAACAAAGCACGUCAAAUAAUCAUAGAAUUCAAAUCAACUUGAACAUAUUUGAAUUCUCAAAAUCCAUCACUUAUCUUCG